UCUUUUUAAACACGUGUUGUACGUGUGAUGGACUCUUUCCGAGUCCAGUUAAUAUUUACUAGAAAAUAACAACGUUACAAUUACAAAAUGAGUUUGUACAACUUUAAAAAGAUCGCCGUAGUCCCUACGGCUAAGGACUUCAUAGAUAUAAUUUUAUCAAAAACACAAAGGAAGACUCCUACAGUAGUGCACAAGCAUUAUAAAAUAUCACGGAUACGUGGGUUUUAUAUGAGAAAAGUGAAAUUUACGCAGCAGAACUUCCACGACAGACUGUCCCGUAUUAUUCAGGAAUUCCCGAAGCUGGACGAUGUGCACCCGUUCUACGCUGACCUGAUGAAUGUGCUGUACGACAAGGACCACUACAAGCUGGGGCUGGGCCAGCUCAACACCGCUCGCCAUCUCAUUGACAAUGUAGCAAAAGACUACGUGCGCCUGCUCAAGUACGGUGACUCGCUGUACCGCUGCAAGCAGCUGAAGCGCGCGGCGCUCGGCCGCAUGGCCACCAUCAUGAAGCGACAACAGGCCAACUUGGCUUAUUUAGAACAGGUCCGACAGCACUUAGCCCGUCUGCCGUCCAUCGACCCGUACACGCGCACCAUCAUCAUCUGCGGGUUCCCCAACGUUGGCAAGUCCAGCUUCAUCAACAAGAUAACUCGCGCCGACGUGGAGGUUCAACCGUAUGCGUUCACGACCAAGAGCCUGUACGUGGGACACACCGACUACAAGUACCUGAGGUGGCAGGUGAUCGACACCCCCGGAAUCCUGGACCACCCGCUUGAAGAGCGCAACGUGAUAGAAAUGCAGGCUGUGACAGCGCUAGCGCACCUCCGGGCGGCCAUCUUGUAUUUCAUCGAUCCCUCAGAACAGUGCGGACACAGCAUCGAGGAACAGAUAUCUCUCUUUGAGAGUAUAAAGCCACUGUUCAGCAACAAACCGCUGAUCGUGGUCCUGAACAAGAUGGAUGUGCUCCGGCCUGAAGACCUCGCCCCGGCCAAGAGACAGCUCAUCGAGGAGCUGGUGGCCCGCUGUGCCAAGAACCCCGUCAAUGCUGAGUGUAACUCGGAGCUGUCGACGGUGCCCGUGAUGCGGACCUCGACGGUGACGGACGAGGGCGUGCAGGAGGUCAAGAUCGAGGCCUGCGAGCGCCUGCUCGGGCACAGGGUCACAGAGAAGAUGCGCACCAAGAAGGUGGACGGCAUUCUGAACCGCCUGCACGUGGCCACCCCCUCCCCCCGCGACGGCAAGGCGCGCCCCCCCGUCAUCCCCCCCUCCGUGCUCGCCAAGAAGCAGCAGGCGGCAGACAGGGAGGCUCGCAAGAGGAAACUGGAGAGGGAGAUAGAGGUGGAGGAGGGAGACGACUAUGUUUUGGACUUACAGAAGAACUACACAGAAAUCGCGGAAGAGGAGCGCCACGACCCCAUCCCCGAGUUCUGGGAGGGGCACAACAUCGCAGACUACAUCGACCCCGACAUCUUCGAGAAGCUCGCGGAGUUAGAGCGAGAGGAGGCGCUGAGAGAGGAGGGCGGCAUGUACGCCGUGCCCAAGAUAGAAUUAGAUGAAACUAUGAAGGAGAUUAAACAGCUGGCUAUUCAAAUCCGCAACAAGAAGGCGGUUCUUAAAGACGAAUCCCGUAUCAACAAGCAAAGCACGAAGCCAGUCAUGCCGAGGAACACUCGCGCCAGGCAGCGGGACAGAUCCACCACCAAACUCAGAGACGAGAUGGAGAAACUGGGUGUGGACAUGUCCGAGACGAAGCAGGCGCACUUCACGCGCACGCGCUCUCGCUCGCGCUCGCUGUCCGCGCCGGCCGUCAAGCGCGCGCGCGUCGACGUGUCCCGGGCCCGGUCGGUUUCCCGCCCCGCCAGGGAUGAGCAGGGAGUCAAGGACACACAGAUGGCGAAGCGCGCGAAGAACAUGGCCCACGUGGCCAUCGCGAAGAAGACCAAGAAGAUGGGCCUCAAGGGCGAGGCCGACCGCUUCAUCGGCACCAAGAUGCCCAAGCACCUGUUCUCCGGCAAGCGCGGCGUUGGCAAGACGGACAGGCGAUAGUUUUAGGGUUAACUUCGAGUUUAGAAGUAUGGAAGGAAUAUUUAGUUAUAUUUUUAUCACAUGGUUCAUUUUGAAUUAUAUUGUAUCAUGGAA